AGAGAGAGAGAGAGAGAGAGAGAGAGAGAGAGAGAUGGCGAGAUUGCGAAGACUGUGGGAAGCUUCAGUCACUGCAACUAAGCGAGCGUUGUCUGGUAAUUUGGAUGAAAUGAUGCCUCCGCCGGAGAGAUUCAUCUUCAAUUUCGGCUCCAAGAAGGAGUUAUCCAAGUGGCAUUUGUACUCUGAUUCUGAAUUCGGAGGGUUGUCAUCUGCUUCUCUCGAGAUAGCUGAUUCUGAACAUGGAGUAGCUACUGGGAUCUUCUCUGGUAACCUUUCUUUGGAUGUCACUGAGGGUGCUAAAUGGAGCAUUGCUCGUGGCGGUUUCUGUGGAAUGCGCUCCAAAAAGUUUGGUGGCUUCAUUGAUUUGGAAUCAUAUGAUACUAUUGCAAUGAAACUUAGAGGGGAUGGCAGAUGUUAUAUAUCUACUAUUUACACGGAGAAUUGGGUCAAUUCACCUGCACAGAUGGAAGAUAACUCAUGGCAAACUUUUGUUUAUGUGCCCAAAGGCAAUUGGUAUGUUUUAAAGAUUCCUCUAGCUCGGUAUUUACCGACUUGGAGAGGCAAUGUUAUAGAUGCAGAAAUUGAGAUGAAUCCGUCUCGUGUUCUUGGCAUGUCUUUGUCUGUCAAUGCUGAGGGUGGUGCUGGUAUAGAAGGCACUAUAUCUGGACCAGGUGAUUUCAGAGUUGAACUUGAAUGGAUCAAGGCCUUGAGAACACAAUGAGGUAUAUGGGUUAUUGUCUUCCAGAUAAAGAUAGAAAAAUUCUGAUCUAUUAGGAUGAUGAAUUCUGACCUUGUUUCAUAAUACCAGUGUAUCUUUUAUGUUUGAUAAAGGAAAAAGUUUAUUCCGCUGUCAAUGCUCUUCUAAUAUUACAGUUUGUCCAAUAAUGUUUUCAUAUUCACUUGAAAGCAUCUUUAGGGAACA